AAAGCCGGGAACAAAUUUUGAUAGGUCAAAUAAAUUGUACAAUACUACUCUCGCACGGUAUUUGUAACAAUAACAUGUUAAAUGUUACUAUUGGGAAAAGGUAAAUCGGGUAGUGAAACCAUUAUCCGUGACAAUUUUGAAUCGUAUUGACUAUAAAGAAAACCCUGAUUUACCAUGAAGUAAACCUGAAUUACCAAUAAAGACAUAAUUGACGUUUCCGAUAACGUUUUUGUUAUCCUUCUAUAUUUAUACCUGUGUUUGGUAGUAUUGUAUAAAUACAACUACACAAGGAAGUGUAAAACACUGAGCAUAUGAUUUUGAAAAGUGAUAUUGUGAUAUCAGGUUUAUUGACUUGAGGGUUUGUGUCGACUGCUAGAUAUAAUUAUCAUGUCAUCAAAAGAGUUUUUAGAAGACAAAGGAUCAGAAGAAAUUGUGGAAAUGUAUUGCGAAUUAUGCAAGAAGAAAGGUAAAAAUCGCAGCGCCGACGGAUAUUGUGUGGAUUGUGUACGGUAUUUAUGUGGAAAAUGUUUGAAUUACCAUACAGAAUUUUUACCAGAUCAUGUGCACAAGGACAAGACAAAUAUGCCCCAAGACGUAUGCUUUAACCCGUGCCCUGGUCACGAAGAAGAGAUUAUCAAGUUCUAUUGUUCCAGUUGUAACACGUUCUUUUGUUCUCUUUGCAAGAAGAACAGCCACAAAGAUUGUACUGAGGUAAAUCAUUUACCUGAGUUGGUAAAGCAACUGGAAAAGGGACAAGAAUUUUCCGCAUUUAAACGCGAUUUAGAGGCACUUGUUGAUGAAACAUCUAGUAUGGAUUCUUUUCUAGCAAGUGAGACGAAAUCUGCAGAGGCGAUUUCUGAAACAGCGCUGUCAAAAAUAGAAUUGCUAAGAGAACAGAUAUUGAAAUGGGUAGAAACAAGGAUAGAGAAAAUGAAAUCAGAUGUAAAAGCAAUAAAUGACAAAGACAUGACAGUGAUACAAGAUAACUCGUCAAGACUGUCUGUGAUAAUGUCACAGACAUCAGCUGUACAGUCUGAUAUAGUACAGAAAUUAAAAGACGCCAAACGAUGCGAACUGUUCAUGACAAUGAAGAGUGCACAGAACAAGGGGAAAAUGUUUGAAGACGAAUUGAGGCGGAUGAAAGAACACCAUGUGAGCAGUUACGAGUUUGAAUCCGUUGCAGAUAUCGAACACAUCUUACAAACAUCUGUGCAGUUAGGGAAAAUUGUAUUCAAACAACCCGAAGAUACCAGUAUCUCAAAAUGUUUGGUCCAGGAGAAAGCACUAGAGCCAAACCCAGUCAUAGAAAUGGUUGAUGUUGAGACACAGAAAACAUUCAUAGCAAACAAAUUACAAAGACCAUUGAUUAAAGGUGACGCCUGGUAUAUCCUGGAUGAGAAGUGGUUCAAACAAUGGAAGAGCUAUGUCGGAUACGAGAGCUGGGAUCAUUAUAAUGUUGGUGAGCAGUCAGCUCAUCCGGGACCUAUCGAUAACACA